CUUGGGAAUCAUAACACACUUCAAUUGGCGCCCAUUUAUUCGAAUCUUUUGACGUUUACGAGUAUCUACGAGUCGGGAUCAUAGUCGCGACAUCUUACGGCAUCGUAGUACUGACUGCAACCCUCUGAUCAAGUAUAGAAGCUUUCAGUUUAAACAGUUUUACAGAAUUACAUUAAAGAUGUCAGCUUUGCAAGGACAAGGUGAUCAGAGUGAACAUCUAUCAGUUCUUAUUGCUCACAUUGUACAAGAGUUGAGAGGAACAGUACUCCAUUCGCAACUCAAGAGAGCCGCACAGUUUCAAGCAGGAAAACCAAAUAUACACCUAUCUGACUUGAAAAAAGAGGUGCACAGUGCAUUAGUGGAAACAGGUUGGGAAAGGAAGUUACGAAAUGCCGUGUACAAACAUAUGGUGUUGUACCCACAGAUGAACCAUCCAUCGUCAUCAGGGGAACACUGUAAGGAACCGUUGAGUUACAUUCGAAAAUCACAGAGUAAUUGGGAAAAAAGAAUAUUGAAGAGUUUGAAUAGUAUGUGUACAGAGUUGAGUGUUCCCUUGGCAAGAAAGAGACCAUUACAAGAACAAAAAGAACUCAAAAUGAAAUGGAAUGAACUGGGCACCGAUGAGCCAGAUCUGAGUGCUUUCCGGCCGGUUUACGCACCUAAAGAUUUCCUUGACGUUCUAAUGACCUUGAAGAAUCCAAACUGUAACAGUUCUCAUGAAAACAAGAGCAUGGUUCACACUUGGGGUUUGAUACAGAUGCCGUUUAAAAUCAAGACGAUGAAGGAACUGAGAGAUCAGUAUUGGGAGCUGACAAUGACAGAGAGCCAAACAGGAGUUGAUGAUCUUUCUGAAAUAGCUGCAGAUGUUUAUGAAACUGAAAGAACAAAACUCGGUAAGAAAGUCUUACAAGCCGGACACAGCCCACUGGCACAGCAGUUCUCGAAAGAAGGAUGCCCGGCUACCCAGCGUUGCGAUCUGUGGGCUCAGAUCCUCGGCGUCACCUCAGAUGAUAUCGACAAGCUGUACUAUGAGCAGUUGAAAUCUUACGUGUUCCAACAUGACUUGCUGGUUGAUAGUCUUAUUUAUAAGGAUAUCAAGCUGACUGCUACAAAUGAUGACAAUUAUUUUGUAUUUGAAGACUACCUCUACCAAGCCCUGCUUGUAUUUUCACGAGACACACAUGUACUUAAACACUUUGCAAACAGCUCUGCCACACCGGCCAAGUCUUACAUUCGAGGUAAAUUAGGAAUGGAAGAAUACGCUGUAGUCUAUCCACCCAAUGGCGUCAUUCCUUUUCACGGUUUUUCUAUGUUCGUUUCUCCCCUGUGCUACGUCUACCACGAUCCAGUCAGACUCUAUUUCAUUUUCCGUGAGCUCUACAUGAGAUAUUUUUUCCGGUUGCAUAAUAUCUCAUCACAUCCUCAGGGCAUUGUGGCACUCUCCAUCCUAUUUGAGUCACUGCUACAAACACAUCAGCCUCAAUUGUUCUACCAUCUCAGAGAAAUUGGGGCACAACCACUGAGAAUUGCUUUCAAGUGGAUAAUGAGAGCCUUUUCAGGUUUUCUCGCCAGCGAUCAGUUGCUUCUAUUAUGGGAUAGGAUACUGGCAUAUAAUUCACUGGAGAUUCUACCGGUGUUAGCUAUGGCAAUCUUCGCAUUCAGACGGGUCAAUUUGAUGGAAGUGACGACGUUUUCAGCCGCAGACGCUGUUAUGGCGGAUCUUACAGGAUUGAAACUGGUGCCGUUGUUACAAGUAGCCAUAUUUUCUUCUCAGAGGUGA